CAAACACAAAAGAUUUAAGUUUACCUCUGACCUGUUCGUUUGGUAAACCAAGUUACAUAAAAUAGGACGCUGUACCUGGACUUCGUCAUAUCGGGUUAACUUCUGCACAACCCUCCUUACAACAACGACAAAAUGGCAGGACGUGACAAGGCUGCUGAGCAGCUGAAGGAGUUCAAAAAGACCCAAGUGAAGGAAGAUGUGUUGACCACUGGAACAGGUGCCCCUGUGGGUCUGAAGACAGCCACAAUGACAGUUGGUCCACGGGGGCCGGUCCUUCUCCAAGACUUCGUCUUCACUGAUGAGAUGGCACACUUCAACCGUGAAAGAAUCCCAGAGAGGGUGGUCCAUGCCAAAGGAGCAGGAGCAUUUGGAUACUUUGAAUGCACCCAUGACAUUACUAAAUACACAAAAGCCAAGCCCUUUGAAUUUGUUGGCAAGAAAACACCCCUGGCUGUUAGAUUCUCCACUGUUGGUGGAGAGAGCGGAUCUGCUGACACAGCCCGUGACCCCCGGGGUUUCGCUGUAAAAAUGUACACAGAAGAAGGAAACUGGGACAUAGUGGGCAACAACACCCCUAUCUUCUUUAUCAGAGACCCCAUGUUGUUUCCCAGCUUUAUUCACACACAAAAGAGAAACCCCCAGACUCAUCUCAAGGACCCUGACAUGUUCUGGGACUUCAUUACUCUGAGGCCGGAAACCACACACCAGGUGUCCUUCCUGUUCUCAGACCGAGGCACACCGGACGGUUAUAGGAGGAUGAACGGCUACGGCAGUCACACGUUUAAACUGGUCAACAAGGAAGGCAAACCUGUGUACUGUAAAUUCCACUGGAAGUGUGACCAAGGCAUCAAGAAUCUGAUGUCAGAUGAAGCCGCCCAGCUGGCCACGGAUGACCCAGACUACGCCAUCAGAGACCUGUAUAACCACAUCUCUGAGGGAGACUUCCCCUCCUGGAGUCUCAAAAUCCAGGUCAUGACCUUUGAGGAGGCAGAGAAAUUUCGAUACAAUCCAUUUGACCUUACCAAGAUUUGGCCACAGGGAGAGUUCCCCCUGUUACCUGUUGGGAGAAUGGUCCUGAACAGAAAUCCAAAGAACUACUUUGCCGAGGUGGAACAAAUUGCCUUCUCACCUGUUCACAUGAUUCCUGGAGUUGAGGCCAGCCCAGACAAAAUGUUGCAGGGCCGCCUGUUUUCUUACUCGGACACACACAGACAUCGCCUGGGCAGUAACUACCUGCAGAUUCCCGUCAACUGUCCAUUUAAUGCUAGAACCAAGAAUUACCAGAGGGACGGACCACAGUGUGUGGAUGAAAACCAAGGUGGUGCUCCGAACUAUUUCCCUAACAGUUUCUCUGGACCAGUGGACAACCCCUCCAAUCUGGAGAGUGAAUUCUCCAUCAGCGGAGACGUCAAGCGUUACAACACGGCUGAUGAGGACAAUUACUCCCAAGUCGGAGUAUUCUGGAGAAAGGUUCUGAAGCCAGCUGAAAGACAGAGACUGGUGGAGAAUAUUGCCGGUCACGCGAUCAAUGCCUCGGACUUCCUACAGAAGAGAGUGGUCAAGAACUUCAGCCAGGCAGACCCCGAGUACGGCCGGGCCAUCCAGGAAAAGCUCGACCAACUCAAGGCCCAGAGAAAGGCCAAGAGUGGAGUCUCUGCCCAGCUGUAGAGAAGUUCAACAGUCGAAGUUUGUGAUAUAGGGCUAGACAGUAUUGAUUCUUUACCCCACAGAGUACACUAUAGGCUAUGUCAUCAUUACUAUGAAUAUGAUGUCAUUUUCAUUGUGACAUCAUCAACUGUACUUCACAGAGGACAUUAUCAUGCUAUUGUGACAUCAUCUACUGUGAUUCAUUGAGGACAUCAUCAUGUACUUUGAUUCUGUAAAAGUGAUACAAUGAAAUCAUAAUGACCUUUUAAUUCUAAUAUAUUCUUAUCAAUAUAUUUGAACUCUUUGAAAUUUUAAAUUAUGUGUUCAUUUAUACACAGGAAAUGAUAUAAAUAAUAGUUGAGUUAUUAUAAUGAGGGCCUUGACUGAUAUGUAUUUAAUUCGUACUAAGUUCAUGUUUGUUUAUUUUUUAGCCAAACUUUUGAUUCUAAUUGACAAUGUUUAGGUUUUCCUUAAGGUUUUAAAUUGUUCUGUGUUUGAACAUUGAUUGACUUUGAAUUGAAACAGGAAAGAAUUAAAAAUUAUUUUUGCCUUGCUCAAGUGAAGAGAAACAAAUAGGCUUUUUCCUGGAAUUGUGAUAGAGUCUGAGAGCUUCCUUCCUGAAGGAAUUAAACUAUUAUUUUGAGUGAUUUAUGUCGAUAUACAAUAUAUUUAGAUGAAAUAUUACUAAUUAUGUUUUUCAUACAAGUACUUUAUAUAUUUAAGCUUUGUUAUGUCAUCUUUUAAUUGUAAUUACAUGCAGUAAACUAUUGAAAGUGAUGAAUAAAUGAGAGACAAUCUACAACAUUGAUCUAUUUAUUGAUCCUAGUAAACAAUCUUUGGAAUAAAUAUAUAUACAUGCAUAAA